AUGGUCAAAGAGAUUGAAGUUACCGUUGGCCCUACUGGAGUGAAAGGAACUCUUACUAUCCCGCCUUCGGUGGAAGAUGACGAUGCACUUGGUAAGGGAUAUGCUCCGGCAACUUUAAAGUGUGCUCUUAUUCUUCAUGGACAAUCAGGGCACCGUAAUUAUUGUUACCAGAGACUAUUGGCUCAUGGUCUUGCUACUGAACUAGGUAUCUACUCAUUGAGAAUUGAUUUCAGAGGGUGUGGAGAUUCCCCAGAUGUCCCAGAUCCUAAGGUAAAUGGAAGAACCAUUGACCUUGAUGUAGAUGAUAUCCAACACUGUGUAGAGUUUUUGGUUAAUGGUGAUAUGAACCCUCUUGGCUUGUCAUUCACAUUAUCCUCAAUCAUAGGCCAUUCCAGAGGCUCUUUGGCCAUGUUUUUAUGGGCAUUUGAGCAAAAUAGAUUAUUGUCAUCCGUUGAACACUCUUCCAAGGCUAUUAUCGUACCUAAUUUGGUUAACUGCUCAGCGAGAUACAGAUCAAAUACUGUCUGGGAUAGAUACCCCUCGAGAGAGGACGGUUUUAUUGGGGUUGACCAGACAUGCCUUAGACAUGGCAAAUUCCAGCCAGUUUGGGUCUCAGUCCAAGAAAUUGAAUCAAUAGCUACCCCCAACUUGGACAUCAUGUCGGAAUUAUCUACCGAAAUGUCUGUUUUAAGUAUCUAUGGAUUAAGUGAUCAUAUUAUCCCCAUAGAAGAUUCGGCCUACUAUGCAAAUACUUUAAGCAGAGGCAGCAAGAAGUCACAUGAAUUGGUCUUGAUCCCAAGGGCAGAUCAUAAUUUCUAUGGAGAUAAGGAAAUAUUGACUGAGACUGACCAAGAAGAAUACAAUCCGGAAAACUUACCGUUAAACUCUAAAAAGUUGGUCAAUUUCAACCACAGCGUUGUAAGACAUAUUUUGGACUAUUUGCGUGCCGACAAAGAGUUUGAAAGAUUCUGGUACAAUUCCUUAAACAUUGGUCAUCUUUCAAGGUGGAAGAAUAUUGAGGGUAUAUCGAAUUUCAGAGAUAUUGGAGGGUGGCACGCAAUGACCCCACCAAAGGGCCUUAAAGUCGAGUUAUUACCAAAUAGUGAAAUUUAUGUGAGACCAAAAAUCGUGUUUAGAUGUGCCAAUACUGCAAAUGUCACUGGCUUGGGAUUGAAAGAAAUGCAAUCGUUAGGAGUCAAGGUAAUGUUUGACUUAAGAUCUGAUGGAGAAUGUAGGAAAGAUGGAACUCCAAAGGACUUAGCUAAGUAUGGUAUAACAAGAAUACAUGCUCCUUGCUUCACCAAGGAAGACUACUCUCCUCAAGCUGUUGCGUUGAGAUACACCAAUUUGAUGACCCUGUGGCACACGUACGUACAUGUCUAUGAUAAGUUGUUAAGUGAGGCCACUGGGACCUUCAGAAUCAUAUUCCAGUUCAUUAGAGAUGAUUUACCCAAGGGAAAUGGAUUUGUUUUCCAUUGCACAGCUGGAAAAGAUCGUACUGGUGUGUUAGCCAUGCUCAUUUUGCUAUUGGCAGGAGUUGACAAACACACUGUUUCUAAGGAGUAUGAAUUGACUACAUAUGGCUUAAUGCCAGACCAUGAAGCUAUAAAGGGCAAAUUUGUGGAAACUAUCAAAAAGACCAAAGAAAAGUUAGCAGCUGUCGGAAGUACAUUGGACUACGAAGAGACUAUUAGACAAGGAAGAGAGAAUUGGACUUUGGAGGAGGAUGGGUUCAAUAACUUGAUCAGUUCUAGAUAUGAAGCCAUGCUUUCAACUAUAGAGUUGCUAGAGACCAAGUACGGUGGUAUUAUUGGAUAUAUGAAAGAAUGGUUGAAGUUCACAGAUGAUGACUUGGUUAAGAUAUACAAGAACUUGGUCCACAUUGACAACUUCGGAGGAUUUGAAGACUCAUCCUUCAUCACAUGGGACCAUAGACCUAAUAAGGCAAAAAUAUAA